AUGAUCAACGUUGAAGAGAAGGCGGAAGGAGGAAUUCAGUAUGCCAGAGCGGAGAGGGAUCACUUGGAGGACGUCGCGUUCAUUAAACAAUUCCUUUCAUGGAGGAGAAUUGCUACAGACUUGGAAAGCUCUUGGAGGAAUCCUUUCAGCGCUAUGGGUUUUCCAAGGAAGCUGUCGAGGAUGAACAGUGAGAUUUCCAUCUUCAUGCAGAAGGCUCUGGACAUGAAAGACGAUCCGGAUGGUCCUUUCCCAAGCAGAUGGGAAGAUGACGAGUCCUCGGUGAAUGGCAAGAGACCCAUAGAAAUUUUCUCUGAAAAGUAUCACCUGUGGUGGCCUUUCUUGACAACUACAUUGGUGGCGAUCAAGGGAGAUGAGGCUUUGGUCGCUGGUGGAGGUGCGUUUAGUGUCAUCCUUGCAAGCAAGAACGAGGAAUUUGUUGUCAACUAUAAGGGCCUAGAUGUCAAGGACCAGGACACGAUCAUCGUGGACAAGGUGGAUCUUUUGAAGGAGCAAGUUAUUCUGCUAGUGCCGCAAGGAUUGCACAACAAUGCUACCUUUGCACCUUAUGCACCAAGCAAGAAGUUCUCAGGGUCUCGGCUAUCGCUUGUGACGACGAAGACGCUGCUCGAUAGCGAAUUGACUUGUUGGAUUUCCUCAAGGAAGAGUUCCGGGAGUACUGCGCAGGCUCGUGAGCAGCGGCGAGUGGCGCUUCAAAGAGUGGGAUGCCUGGGCCUUGCGAUGGAUGCACGAAACUUGGAAGGUCUGGCUUUGAGGGCGAUGGCAACUUCCAGUUUCAUGACAGAGUCGAGCGUGGAGUUUUUGCCACCAUGA